UCCCCAGCCAGCCCAGCGUAGCCCGAAAAAUCAACCAGCGCCGAGGGAAAAAACGAGAGAAACGAAAAAAAAAACGGAGAGAAUUAGAGAGAGAGGGGGGACACGCCAAGUUAGCCGGAGGCCAACCCUCGCUCGCUCCUCCCUCCGUUCCUCCGUUCCUCCGCCGGGUGAUCGAUCGAAUCGAUCCGCGGCCAUGGCGGACGAGGCAGCGGCGCAGGAAGCCCCGUCACCGGCGCGGUUCACGGCGCGGGAGCUCGCGGCGGCGGAGCAGCUCAUCCACCUCAGCGAGAGCAGCUGCUCCUCGUACGCCGGCGCCCUCCCGCGGGGCUCCGUCGCGUCGGCCUCCUCCACCUCGUCCCCGCGCUCCGUCAACGCGCCGCAGCCGCCGCCCCCGCAGCCGGCGGCUACCCCUGCUGCUGCGGGGCUAUUAGCCGCCGCGGCGGAGGAGGAUGACGACGACGAGGAGGACCAGGACCAGCAGGAGGUGGGCGGGAGGCGCCGCAGGAACAAGCGCUACCGCCUGAUCGCCGAGAUCUACGCGGCCACCGAGCCCAGGCCGAUCGGGGCCGGGGCGCGCCGCAGGAAGGCGGACAGGCCCUCGACGGACGCCGCGCCGGAAGCCAGGAAGUAGAGAGAUCGAGCGAGAGAGAGAGAGAAAGUGGACUUGCUUGUAAUUAUGGAUAAUUAGCAGGGACUAGCUAGCUCUAGCUUGCUAUAGGAAGGUUUGUAUGAGCUUUGCUUGGUUUAGACUAUCAUCGAUCAUAUCUAUAUCUAUCCAUCAUCCAUCCUGAUCUCUACUAUCUAGCUAGCUACCUUUUGUGUUGCUCAUCAUGCAUAUGCAUGAUCUUCUUCUGCCCUCAUGCAUCAUCCGAUCCAUCCUCUUCCUGUCUCUAGGAGAGGAGAGGAGAGGACGGAGAGGAUACAUGCAUGCAUGCAUGCAUACUGCGCAUACAGAUACAGAUCAGUGUUAUCAUCACUAGGAGCUGGUGGUGGGUUAUCAACUGUAAAUUAAACUAUUGUAUGGAGUAUAUCCUUUCACUACUCACUAGUAAUAUCAGCACUUGGUUUGCUACA